AGUAGAGGGCGUCCAGAACGUACAUGGUCUGAAAGAAGGUUGGGCAUGGAUUGCAAGGUUCUUAAACACUCUUCCUGCCAAUCGAUAUACGGCUGUUGCUCUGUAUGCGUUCCUGCAAGCUUUGCUCUCUUCAGAAAAUACAAAUCUCAGUUAAUGAAGAUGCUUAGCAUCAUCUCUGACAACUUUCUGGAAGCGCUGAAAGCACGCGAAGAGCCCAGGUUUAGGGCAACCAUCGUCAAGAUCCAAUCCUACAUGGAAGACAAGAGGUUCCUUAAGGAGCCAGAGGGAAGGGGUCUGCAAGGUUCUUUGCUAUCUGAGUGUUAUGGUGCCAGAGCAAGGUUACCAAGAAUCGUAUCAUCGCCAGCCACCUAUUAGAUAUUCCUAGUAUUAAAAUUCGAGUUUUAUCUCUUUCAUCACAGUUGGAGAGAACUCCUCAAGAACGUUGUCCUCAAUAAUGUUGCAUCUGGCUUAGCUAUGUGUAAUCAUCAGAAGGAUUCAUUUUAUUUCCCUAAUUAUUUGCAGUUUGAUUUGCUAAUUCCUGAUUCGAAUUGAUGUAUAUUGCUUGUUUAUGUUGCUCCUAAAACACGAUCUGCGACUGGAGGCUGGAAGCGCCAGA